UCAACUUCCUGAUGUAAAGUCAUACAUUGUGUUGCUCCGAAGUUAACCAAAUGCAUCUUCACCAGAAACAUUAGUCGAGAAAUGCCAACAUGGACUGAGCCUUGCUUGAACUGAAAUGUGUUUUUAGUUGAAGGAAUAGCAACUCAAUAUUAUGGGUUGCUCCACCCUGGCCCUCUCCAGUGUGGUGUCCACGCUUGGUGGCCUGGUCUUUGGUUACGAGCUGGGGAUUAUCUCCGGGGCUCUCCUCCAGCUCCAGGCCGAGUUCCGACUCACUUGUGUCCAGCAGGAGGCUGUGGUCAGUGCCCUUCUGAUCGGGGCCUUGCUGGCCUCCCUGGUUGGUGGUUGGCUGAUUGACCGCUACGGCCGGAGGAACUCCAUCCUCCACAGCAACGUCCUCAUCCUGGCCGGGAGUUUGAUUCUGGUCAGCAACUCUUACUUGGCACUGGUGGUGGGCAGAAUCACGGUGGGCUUCGCCAUGUGCAUCUCCUCCAUGUCCUGCUGUAUCUUUGUAUCGGAGAUGGUCACCCCCAAGCACAGAGGUUUUUUGGUGACUCUGUACGAAGUUGGUAUCACCGUGGGCAUCCUGGGAGCUUACGCCAUAAACUAUAUCCUGUCCGAUGCCAGGCAGGGAUGGAAGUAUAUGUUUGGGUUAGCCAUCGUGCCUACUUUGGCUCAGUUUGUCUCCAUUUGGUUUCUCCCGUCCAAUGCCGGAACACCUGCAGCAGGCCAAAGUGCAGGUGCUCAAAGCCAAAGAGGUCUUAUUCACUCCAUUGAGAAUCACAAAGUGGAGAAUUCGGCACAUGUUUCCAACAUACUCGAUAACCCACAGUACAACUUUCUGCACCUCUUUCAACAGAAGGACAAUAUGAGGACCAGGACUACCAUUGCGCUAGGCUUGGUGAUCUUUCAACAGUUCACAGGUCAGCCCAAUGUGCUCUUCUACUCCUCAACCAUCUUUCAGUCAGUGGGCUUCAAGAGCAAUGCCUCGGCAGUGCUGGCGUCCUUGGGCUUGGGGGUAGUCAAGGUGAUCGCCACCUUGGUCUCCAUGGUGUUUGCCGAUAGGGUUGGCAGGAGGCCUCUGCUCAUUGGUGGAUGUAUAGUAAUGUCCGUGUGUUUGAUGACCAUAGGACUUUUGAGCGGGCGUUCAGUGGUCAACACCAACACACACUGUAAUGCUGGGGAUUAUGUCAAUAACAGCACACCCCUAUCGCAGCUAACGGUGGAAAAUCAAUCAAGCUUUGACAUUUCUGUCAGUCAACGCCUUGGACGUCACGAUAGGACCGAAGUAAGGCAUAUUGCUUACGAUGCUGAGAGAUCCUUAGGUACUUUGAUGCCAGUGGCUUCUCCAGCUGUCCACAAUGGAGUGGUGAACUGGAUCAUUUUAUUCUGUAUGAUGGCAGUCGUCAGUGCAUACUCAGUUGGAUUUGGACCAAUGACCUGGCUCAUUUUGAGUGAAAUAUUUCCUGCUGCGGUCAGAGGGAGAGCGUUUGCCUUCACAAACUGCUUCAACUGGGCUGCCAACUUAAUUGUCACAUUCUCCUUCUUGAAUGUCAUCAAUGUGAUUGGUUUGUCUGGGACAUUCCUUUCUUAUGGGCUGAUUGGAGUGGGAGCGGUGGUGUUCUUUUACUUCAUGUUACCAGAGACCAAAGGGAAAUCACUGGAGCAAAUAGACAGGGAGCUCUGUUUGAAAAGGGUACACAACAGUGAAGAAUGCUGUAACAUCCUUAGCAGGAGAAUCGCCUCCCCCGGGUAUCAAAGAGUGCACAUUGUUAGCUCAGCAACCCAAUGUUGAGUGAGUCUAUCCAAGUGUUACAUUCUAAGUAUAUAUAUAUAUAUAUAUAUAUAUUUACACUCUUGCAACCUGACUGAAACAACGGACUGAUGCUAAUGGCGGUAUUGAAAAGUUGAGCGUAGUGAUCCGUCCAGCUACCAUAGCAGAGCUUACGACAUGACUGAACAAUGUUUUUAUUGCACUGGUAUUUCAAACUUAUUUUUCGAAUGCUUGUGAACAAUUCUGUCACUUGUUUUCACAAAUGAAAAUGAAACACAAUGUUUUUGCAAGUGACUCUGCUCUUUCUACUACUUUUCAAGUCUGCAAGAAAAAUAACAGCAGUUUUCCAUUUCCAUCAAGAGUCAACCUAUACGGAGGUCAUCAUCUGGCAUCACCAUCAUCAGUUUCAGAGUUUCAGAUCGCUGAUCCACUGAGGGAGUCUUGCUCUAACCAAUGUCAAUGUUGUCCUAUCCUUCACUUUGUUCUAUGUAUAACCCAAGUAUGCCUAGCCUACAAUGUUUAUGUUUGUAAAAUGUUUAACCAUUUAGAGAACCAUAAUGGAAAUACGUUUUCAAACUUUUGUGUCAUCAUCAAAGAUUUUAAAUGCAUUAUCCACGUGUGGUUGUAUUGUGUUUGAAAUCAAAUAAAUCUAUAACCUCGACUCCA